AUGGUGGACUACUAUGAAGUUCUAGGAGUGCAGAGAUAUGCGUCACCAGAGGACAUAAAAAGAGCUUACCGGAAAGUGGCACUUAAAUGGCAUCCUGAUAAAAAUCCAGACAAUAAAGAGGAAGCAGAGCGAAAAUUCAAAGAAGUCGCCGAGGCAUACGAAGUAUUAUCAAAUGGUGAAAAACGGAACAUUUAUGAUAAAUAUGGCAAGGAGGGAUUAAACGGCAGAGGUGGAAGUCAUCUUGAUGACGAAUGUGAAUAUGGUUUCACAUUCCGUAAGGCAGAUGAUGUCUUUAAAGAAAUUUUUGGUGAAAGGGACCCAUUUUCAUUUCACUUCUUUGAAGACUCACUGGAGGACCUUUUGAGCACUUCAAGAAGCCCCAACAGAAGCAGAAGCAGAGGUACAGGAUCCCUUUUCUCCCAUUCCUGUGACCACCCAGUGUUUACCAGGCUUUCUCCUUAUGACACAGGAUAUAUGUCUUACGUUUCACUGGGGCACGAGGGCCUUACUUCAUUCUCUUCCCUGGCAUUUGAUGAUACCGAGAUGGGCAAUUACAUACCCAUUACACCUUCAGGCAAAACUGUUAAUGGAAGAAAAAUCAACUCAAAGAAAAUUUUUGAGACCCAUCAAGAAAUAGGAGCUGAAGAUGACCGUGAGUUGAAAUCCUUUCUUGUAAACAGUGUGGCAGAAGAAGAGGGCUUUGCAGAAAAAUGGAACUGGAGAAGACAGUCAUUCAACAAUUAUUCACCAAAUUCCCACAGCCCCCCAAAUAUAUCUUCAUAUACUCUUGUGGACAACAAUGAACAAGGCACACCUUGGGUCACCAGCAAGAAGGAUCCUUCCAUUUUCUCAACAGGAUUCAAAGAAGGUGGUAGGAGGAAAAAAAAGCACAAAGAGGGGCAGAAGAAGAAGUCAAAUAAAAGGAAUCGCUAA